GAAGCGACGAUGUAUGUAUUUACACACUACAUUUGAUUAGUGAUAAAAUUUCGGCAAGAGACCGUACGAUUUACAUCAGUUUUAAUUUCGCAACCUUGGUUGUACUUUUUUUUCUUUCGGACAUUUUAGGAAAGUUACUCCAAAGUUUCGACAGAUAAUAACUUUUAAUUCGGGACAGUGAAACUUUCCCACGCCUGUGUUAACGGACAUCGUUCUUUUUUGUGAUCGUGUAAAGAGCAGAUUUGUUUCAAUAGAACACAACUUAAACACAUCCCGCUUGGGGCGGAUAAAUUUACGAAAAUAUUUUGAGUGAAUCUCGACUUAAUACAAGUGACAGGGAGUUUAAAACGAGAUGGUUGCGGGACUCUUGGGGGCUGUGCCCUCGUUUAAGAAGCUCAGUUCGAGCCGGAGUGAUGAUUGGAUUGACCGAAUGAGCCAUAUAUACAGUGUGUUCCUUCUAGUCAUUUUUGCUGUGUUAGUGAGCACGGGUCAAUUUGUGGGUGACCCUAUUCAUUGCUGGUGCCCAGCACAGUUCACGGGCGCAUUUGAAGCCUAUACUAAAAACUACUGCUGGAUAAAAAACACGUAUUAUAUUCCAAUGAUGGAAACUAUACCUAUAGACAUUCAUAAAAGACAGGAAGCGGAAAUCACUUACUACCAGUGGGUACCACUUAUCCUAUUGUUCCAAGCAUUCCUCUUCAAAUUUCCCAAUGUUUUAUGGAAAAUGCUUAACGGAGGAUCGGGCCUCAACCUCGAUAAGAUCUGCAAGCUUGCCGACGAGACCCAGUGGGGAUCCCCAGACGACAGAAAAGGUGCCAUCGAAAACAUGAGCUUCUUCUUAGAUCGCUGGUUGCUGACACACAGGCAGUACAAGCACAAUUUCGUUGCACGCGCCAAGGCAAAGGCUUCCCGAGUUUUUUGUUUCUUAUGUAACAAAAGAGAAGGCACCUUCUUGACGGCUUUGUAUCUUUGCAUCAAGGUUUUAUACUUGGCUAAUGUGAUUGGACAGUUUUUCCUGCUCAAUGCUUUUAUGGCGACAGAUUAUAAUAUGUAUGGAUUUGAAUAUAUAAAGAUGUUAAAUUCUGGCGAGAGCAUGCGAGAAAGCCCUAGGUUCCCCAGGGUAACCCUUUGCGACUUCAGGAUCCGACAACUCCAAAAUAUACAAAGGUGGACCGUCCAGUGUGUUUUACCCAUCAAUCUCUUUAAUGAGAAAAUCUUCAUCUUCCUCUGGUUUUGGUUCUUCUUUAUCGCUUUCCUCUGUGGUUUCAACCUUGUCAAGUGGCUGUUCUUGAUCGUAUUGAAGAGAAAUAAUUACCAAUACGUGAAGAAAUACCUGACAAUUACUGACCACAUGCAAACAGCUUCGGAUAAGAAGCUCUGCCAUAGAUUCGCUGAACAGUAUCUCAGAGACGAUGGUUGUUUUGUGGCUAGAAUGAUAGGCAUGAACUCUACAGACAUGGUGAUCACAGACCUGUUAGACUGCAUGUGGAGGAAUUACAGACUGAGGGAGGAGCCGAGGCCCGAGUACCCCGAGGACGAGGAGUCCAAAUUGAUUGACAAAGAAAAAGACACGUCACCAUUGGACUUCAGAGGAAAUAAUGUACAGUGUUGUAGAAUUGUUAAAAUUGCUGUUAGUUUUAAUAUCUCAUUUCAAAGACAUUUUGAAUCGUUUUCAUCGGUACAUGCAAAAUUCAAGGAAUCAUGCCGCACAGACGACUGGGCGGACAGACUAAGUCAUCUUUUUACAGCGGGGCUUUUAUUAAUUUUUGCGAUAUUGGUUAGCACGGUACAGUUUGUUGGUGAAAACCGGAUAAAAUGUUGGGCACCUGCAGAGCUGAAAGAGUUCCAUGAAAGCUAUAUCAACAACUAUUGCUGGAUAAGUAAUACAUAUUACAUACCGAUGCUAGAAACUAUACCUACGGAUGUUCAACAACGACAGGAAGAAGAGAUUACCUAUUAUCAAUGGGUACCGCUCAUUCUUGCUUUUCAAGCGCUAAUGUUUCACUUCCCAAACUUCAUCUGGAAUCUUCUGAACGUUCACUCUGGACUAAAUCUUGGGAAGAUCCGUGCAUUAGCUGACGAGACGCAAAGCGAAGACCCUAAAAAGCGGGAAGAGGUCAUUAAAAAUUUAUCUAAAGUUUUGCAGCGCUGGAUUCAAAUUCAACGACCGUAUAAGCAUAAUGUAAUGGUACGCGCCAAGGCGCGAUUUUCCCACAUAUUCUGUUUAUAUUGCAACAAGAGAGAGGGUAAUUUUCUGACAGGGCUUUACUUGUGCACGAAAGUGAUGUAUUUAAGCAAUGUUAUUGGCCAGUUCUUCUUACUAAGUUCGUUCUUGGACAUGGACUUUAAAACGCAAGGGGUUGAGUAUGUGAACAUGAUGCGAAAUGGAGAACCUAUGAAGGAAAGUUCAAGGUUUCCUCGAGUCACAAUGUGCGAUUUUGAAGUUCGUCAGCUUAACAACAUACAGAGAUUUACUGUCCAGUGUGUACUCCCAAUUAACCUGUUCAACGAAAGGGUGUUUAUCUUCCUUUGGUUUUGGUUUGUUGUCGUUGCUGUUUCCACGUGCAUCAGUUUUAUCAAGUGGGUGUACUUGAUUGUGAUAAAGAAAAACAACUAUGAUUUUGUGAAGAAAUAUUUGGUAUUAUCGAAUAGAUUGCACAAUGAAACAGAUAAACAAUUAUGUAGGCGAUUUGCUGAAGAUUAUCUUAGAAAUGAUGGAUGUUUUGUGGCCCGGACUAUAGGGAAGAAUUCUACAGAACUGGUUGUAAUUGAUGUACUGGAACAUAUGUGGAGAGAAUAUAAACGAAAAGAACUGAAUGAACCGGAAUCGGACGAUGAAAAUGAGAGGAAACGAAAAGAACAGAAUACAUUAGAAAAAGAGAAAAAAGAGGAAGUUUUAGUAAAUAAUAGAGAGCAAUUAGUAUAUGCAUGAGUGAACACAAAAUAACUUUGGAACUUUGAAUACGAUGAAAUAAGCAAGAGUAUUUUUUUUUAAUGAAAGGAUGUUUUUAGUAACAUUGACAUCUUGUGUAGAUAAAUGGAUAUCAUGAGAACAUGAAGGUUUUGAUCUUUUUGCACAAAUAUUUCGUGAUCAAUAUUAGUGAAAAUUAUGUAUAGAAACAUUUCAUCUUAAACUUGAUUAUUGUUUAUCUUUUAAUUGAUUAUUGUUAAUCUUUAUAUCGAUUAUUGUUAAUUUAACUCUUGUUUGAUCAUAAUUAGUAAUGGAAUGACUUUCUUUGUGAUUUAAUGAUCUGUAAGAAUUUUAUGUUACACCGAGUCUUAAAAUUCCAUGCAAUAGUAUUGCUUUCAAGGAAUGGCCCCAUUUCCAUUUAUUUCAUACCUGCGCAUUUUAUCAUUCAGUUUUAUACUUAAUUAAUCACCUGAAUAUUUUAGAUAAAAUAUGAAAAAAAUGAUAAAAAAAAUGAUAAAAAAAUAUAUUUUUAUUCAAGACUUAUAUGACGCCAUUGUUUGCAAAUAAACAGUAAGAAUUUACAAAAAUAUAUCUUCAACAUUCCAUAU